AUGGGUAUUCAAGUUCCUGCUUAUCUAUCAAAAGAAACGACUUUUAUUACUCCAACAUCCAUGAUUGCACGUAACAGCAAUUGUAUUGCUGCGCCAAUUGGCAGUCAAUGUAAACCAAGUAACGCUGCCUAUUCUAUCCCGAUUCAGAAAACCAAUGCAGAACUGCUAUCCGACAAUGUCAUGCUAUCUCAGAUUGGCUUGGAUGUGAAUAAGCAUAUUUUGCUGCUUGAUAGAAAAAUGGCGGAACAGGCUCACGAAGCAAGACUGAACAAAUCUCAGAUAGUGGCACAAUGCCAAGAAAUUGUAGAUCUACGGCACACUGUUGAAAGAUUACAAGCAAUGGGAAAAUCAUCCAAUAUGGAAUACUUGCACCUGCAAGAGGAAUAUAAGCUGCUUCAAAGCGAAAUGCAAACAGCAAUGAGUAGCUAUUUGAAUACCAUUCGAAAAUUAAAGCGUCAAAACAGAGAAUUAAAAACACAAAAUAUAGCUGUAGAAGCUGAGCUAUUUGUCGCUGAUAUGAUUCACAAUGAAUCGACACUUGAUUCAGAGAAAUUAAAACCAAGUCUAGUUGAUUUGUGCAAAACUCGGCCAGUGCUUAAAUUGAAAAAUUCAACACCAGAUCUUGACUUGGCGUGUAAUGAUACAAGCGAAAAGCUCCAACAAACAGUACAUGAAUCCCAAUCAUCACUGCCUUUGCUUUCCAAGGCAAUGCUUGAUUACUCAAUUGGAAAUGAAACCACGCUUUGGUCAGAUACACCGGCUAUAUCUGUAAAUGAGCAGCAGGAUGUGACUAUUGACGCAGAUUUAACCUUGGAAGAAUCAGCAAAUAUGAGCAAACGUGUGUCCAACAACUGCACUCAGGAAACCAUAGAAAUAUCUACUACUGAUCAGAAUUCAUUGUGCAUCUCUGGGUGUACUUUAUGUACGCCAAUACUCCCCUUGCUUGAUUACUCUUCACAGGAAUCUCGUGUAAGCAAGAAUAAUUUACUCGGUGUAAAUUUAAAGUCCAGUGCAUUUUCUUGUCAAUUGAACGACAUUUGUUCACGACUGCGUAACAAAACUAGAAAUCUUUAUACUGCAGAACAAGCCAAUUCCAAAAACAAGUUUUUCAGCAAAUUUCUGCAAGAUCUAGAUGUUUAUCUCAAUUACUUGGUACGACUGGUUGAAAAAUCACCCACAGAGAGAAAAUGCAAGAAUUUCUAUUAUGCAGACUCGAUCACAGAUACAGUCAACUUGAAUGGCAAUCAGCAACAGAAUACCGAGCAUCUUUGCAAAUCAGAUCUUCAAGAUGAAGCUAAACUGGACCAUUGUUCACCAGAUAGUGUGUGCCGUGAUCCUUUGGAUAAAAACGUGAGCAAGCCACUGGGAGUUGAUGCACGACGUUCAAGUCAAGAUGAAAGUCGCGAAGCUCUAUGGAAUCUCAGUUCAUAUUUUGACAACUGUACUAAAACAGAUGAUGUGGCGAGUACGACUGACCAACCUAAACACAUUUCUGUUGUUCCAAAGUUACAUCGGACACAUAGUGACACUUACAUUUCAACCGAUAGCAAAUCAGUCAACACUGCUCAGAGAGAAGCAGUACAAGGUGAAUGUGCUUUAAUUCGUGAAAAACAAGACCUUGGAAAACAACCUUGUGGGAUCAAGAGUCCCACUAUUUCUGCUCAUGGAUCGUCCACACGUAAUUCAUCUCCAAAUCGAUAUUUAUCAGUUCCGCCUAUUCGCACGGAAUGCAGUUUGCAAUCGAGCAAUCAGAGUGCAUUGGCAGCAGAUCGGUCUUGUCACUCUGCUCCAUUAGUAGCUGGAGACACUUCAUUCCAUGAAGAUAUUGAAUGGCUGGAGCUGCUAUACAAUAGGUUGAAUGGUUUCAGGAAAAAUGAAUAG